GCAGCAAGAAAUUUAUAGUACUACGUGUAAAACUGGUGGAGUUUUAUUGUGUAUAGAGCGAACAAAAUUUAUAUAUUCAUUUAAAAAAAUUAAACCACCAUCAGAACUUCUAAGGCAAAGAAUGGAACAAAGUACUGAGUUCUCCAUGCUCACAUAUAUUUUACCGGCACAAGAAAAUAUUCAAGAAAAUGUUCAAAAUGGAAUGCAGUCAAAACAAGCAUCAUUAAUUGCAAACGAUCUAAAAAAACACAAUAAAACGUCAAUGAGGCCUCUUCAAGUAUUUCAACUUCGUAAAAAUGUAACUACAUAUAAUUCGAGAAGGGAAAAUAAUGAUGCAGUUGAAAGCGAAAGAAGAAGAAUCACAUUUUCUAACAUUGAGGACGACGAAAACGUUGUUAAUGAUACAACUGUAACGUCAAGAGUUGGAAACGAAGAAGAAACCACUACUGAACACUAUACAUUAGAUCGUGAGGAUAGUUUAAUUGAUAAAACAAGUUUUAUUUGA